AUGCCCCCAAAGACACUCUUCAUCUACGCGGAAUCGACGGAGAUUCUCUGGGAGACCUGGGGCUUUGAUGACUCAAGCUUCAGUUUCUCCUGGGAAUCCGUCGAGAAUCCAAGUGGAAUUGCUCCUUGUGCGCCGUUAGAGAGCGCUGAGGGAUUUAACUAUCAUAUGGAGCUAUUUUUCAACAAUCUUCUCUACCAGAUGCAAUUGCGUCGCCCCUGGAUGUCAAAAGCACUUGAAAGAUUCUGGAAAAACAUCCAGAUCGCCGAGGAGCAUUUCCAGAAUGAAGGCGAGUGCGACUGGAAGUAUCACACGCCGACAUACGAAGCAUUUGAUUUCAAAGAAUUUGAUCCGACCUUUUCAAAAUAAACAACAAGCAUUGAGUACACAACAUUGCCGAUGAUCACUGAUCAAGGAACUUGUGAGACUGUCGAAGAUUACCUAAACCUCGAUACUGAUAGAUUUACUUGCCUCGUUCACUGUGAUUCUCCGAUCGAAAAAUGCACUUUAUAUGACACAGGUUGUUAUCAAUUUGGCGAUAACUGCUACAGACCCGUUGAAGUAGACUGGUCAUUCUGCGCAUCAGAAAACGGCUGGGGAAAGUGUACAGAAGAUGAAAUUUCUGGAAACUCAGUUGAAGAUAUUUGCGUUAAUGAAGAUGCUUGUUUAUUUCUUUAUCAAUAA